CUCGGAGGGGAGCGGCGCCUCGGCGAGAGCCCACCAUGGUGCAGCAGGCGGAGAGUACGGAGGCGGAGAGCAACCUGCCCCGGGAAGCGAUGGACACCGAAGAGGGCGAGUUCAUGGCUUGCAGCCCCGUCGCUUUAGACGAGAGCGACCCGGACUGGUGCAAAACGGCGUCGGGGCACAUAAAGAGACCGAUGAACGCGUUCAUGGUGUGGUCCAAGAUCGAGCGGAGAAAAAUCAUGGAGCAGUCCCCGGACAUGCACAACGCGGAGAUCUCCAAGCGCCUGGGCAAGCGGUGGAAAAUGCUGAAGGACAGCGAGAAGAUCCCUUUCAUCCGGGAGGCGGAGAGGCUGCGGCUCAAGCACAUGGCUGAUUACCCCGACUACAAGUACCGUCCCAGGAAAAAGCCCAAAAUGGACCCGUCGGCCAAGCCCAACGCCAGCCAAAGUCCCGAGAAAAACUCGCCCGCCAGCAGCGGCGGCAGCAAGAGCGCCAAGAGCUCCAGCAAGAAGUGCAGCAAGCUGAAAGCCUCCUCCGGCUCCUCGCCUCCCAAGCCGGGAGCCAAAACCGCCCAGCACGGGGAUUACGCGGGAGACGAGUACGUCUUCGGCACCCUGAAAGUGACCAGUAAGACGGUCAAGUGCGUCUUCAUGGACGAGGAGGAGGAUGAGGAGGAGGACGAGGACGAGCUGCAGCUGCGGAUCAAGCAGGAGGCGGAGGAGGAGGACGAGGAUGAGGAGCCGGGGCCGCAGCAGCUGCGGCGGUACAACGUGGCCAAAGUGCCGGCCAGCCCCACCUUGAGCUCCUCGGCGGAGUCCACCGAGGGGGCCAGCCUGUACGAGGAGGUGCGGGGCGGCGCCGCGGCGGCGGGCGGCGGCAGCAGACUCUACUACAGCUUCAAGAACAUCACCAAGCAGGGCCCGCCGCCGCCGCAGCAGCCGCCCGGCCUCUCCCCGGCCUCCUCCCGGUCCAUCUCCACCUCGUCGGCCGGCAGCGAGGAGGCGGACGACCUGCUCUUCGACCUCAGCCUCAACUUCUCCCAGCACGGCCACGCCGCCGCCGAGCUGGGGGCGGGCGCCGCCGCCGGCAACCUCUCUCUCUCGCUGGUGGACAAGGACCUGGACUCCUUCAGCGAGGGCAGCCUCGGCUCCCACUUCGAAUUCCCCGACUACUGUACCCCGGAGCUGAGCGAGAUGAUCGCGGGCGACUGGCUGGAAGCGAACUUCUCCGACCUGGUGUUCACGUACUGAGCGGGGGCGGCGGCCAGGGCGGGCGGCGAGAGCGGAGGAGCUGGAGCGGCGCGACGCCAGCGAUGAUGAUGAUGAUCAUGAUGAUGAUUAAAAAAAUGUCUUGUUUUCUUUUAAAAAAAUCUCGAAGUUAGUUCCGAGCCCGGGAGUUGUGAUUUAAUUUUUUUUUUUUUUAAUUUUUUGUGUUUUUUAAUUUUUAUUAUAUUGGUGAUCACAACAACAACAGCAAAGGCAAAUGGGACUGGGGGAAAAAUGAUACAGAAGGCGCUGUUUGAAGCUUGUCAGUCUCUGAUUGAAGUCUGGAAGAUGGUCUGCAAAGAAGUCUUUUGGCAGCACAACUGUUACUCAAGGGGGUUUGUGGAUUUUUAUUUUUUUUUCCCGUGAGAGAUCUUAACGAACUGCUAUGAUUUUUUUUUUUUCUUCCGAAAGGGACCAUUGCAACUUUUUUUGGAGGGAGAAAACUGAUGUCUUCUAUGCAUCCGAUUCUUAACAAAGCUGCAGGGAGCUUGAAAAAAUGCAGACUGUACAAACGCUUACAAAUAACUGAACUGACUUAAGAUCAGAGUUUACUUUUCAGAUCAAAUUGUUUAUGGUUUUACAAAUGUGAUUUCUACUUGCCAACUUUUUUUUUUUUGUAACUUGUUCCCUUAUACCUCCUUGAUUGAAUACCAGACAGCCUAGACCUCAGUACAAAAAGGUAUUGAAACAUUUUUGAUACAUAACAGACCUCAGUCUUUUUUAAAAAUUAAUAUAUUUUCAGGCGUAUUUUUGUACAGUGAAAAGGGAACAUUCUUGCUGUGUUUUUUCAGUAAGACUUUUCAGGCACUUCUUCCCUUUUAUUUUCUUUGUUUUUCUCUGUUUUUAGCAUGCAAGUUUGUUGGUACGUUACGUCCUGGUUUUAAAAGGAUUAAAAUUUUAAAAAAUAAUCAUUGCAUCUAAAGGCCUUGUGGUUUAAAAAAAAAAAAAGAAACAAACACUUUUUUGUACAGCUAUAGUUCAGAUUUGUUCAAUAUUUGUAGGUAAAGAUUUAUUGAAAAUGGUGAUAUAGACCUCAGAGCUGUUAUCUUAGUUUAAAAGAUUGUAUAUGUACUGUACUAUAGUAGGAUUUUAUGUAUCUCAUACGCUGUGAUAUGUGGAUGGGGCCCCAGAUGGAAGGUAUGAAACUGGAUUCUCGAUUUUAGCAAAAAAAAAAAAAAAAAGAAAAAAGGCACAUAGUUUAAAAAGUUUCUCAUGUUGUGCAAUAUAAUCUAAAGUACAGACCAUCUGCAUAUUUUGUAGCAAAUGAUGGCAAAAGCAGACUUGUGCACUGUCAACAUCAUAGCCUGUUUUUUUUUUUUUUUUUUUAAUGCUGAAAGUCUGUAUCUUUACAAUUUUAAUAAAUCAGCUGGAACUGAUAGAAACUCGUAUCGCAAUUAGUGUCUGUAGCAGUAACGCUGGAGAUGCCGUGUUGUCACCCCUUGCCCGCGGAGGAGCGGUAGCUGUAGGCUGUAGUGCACGAUCAGAGCUAGGGGGGGAGGAGAGUCAGGACUGCUUCUUUUCCUUUUUUUAUUUUUUUUUCCUCCUCUCGUCGCCUUUUUCCCACCGGCUUUACUCCGCGAGGCCGGGGUUUGCUUGUGGCUUACCCGGGGCCGCUCCGGGCAGCGGCAGGCCGGCUCGCCCCGGGCAUUUUCGGUUCUGCCGCCUUCCCCCCGCCCGCCG